AUGGAUAUAAGAGUAUCUAAAUAUUUAUCUUAUCUUCUAAGGCACGGUGCUGAAAAAAGCAAUCUAGAUAUCAACAGUACCGGCUUUGUUUCAGUGAAUCAAAUAAUUAGUCUUCCUCAAUCGAGGAAUUACAAAUUAGACGAAGAAACGAUAAAAAAGAUAGUCGAUACGAAUGAUAAAAAGAGGUUCGAAUUAUCUCGAUCCGAAAAUGGGGAAUUAUUAAUUAGAGCAUGUCAAGGACAUUCAAUUAGAAAUUUGGAUGAGACACAAAUGAUGAUGGAGAUAAUCGAUGCUAAUGAAUAUCCAAUAAUUGUCCAUGGAACAUAUGAGAAGAAUUGGGAUAAAAUUAAAACUGAAGGACUCAAAACGAUGAAUCGAAAUCAUGUCCAUUUUGCGAUUGGAUAUCCACAAGACAAACAAGUCAUUUCAGGCAUGCGAAAGUCAUGUGAGCUAUUUAUAGAAAUCGACAUGCACAAAGCUAUUCAAGAUGGAAUUAAGUUUUACCUCUCAACCAACAAAGUUGUUCUGUCUAGCGGAAUUAACAACAUAAUAAGCCCAAAAUAUUUCAAAGUUGUAAAAAAUCGUCAUCGACAAAUGAGUCAAUAA